GACGGAUACGGUACAUUCACAAUGCUGCUUGCACCUGUUUUAUUUUUGUUUGUCUCUUCCAUGAAGAUGGUCUCAGGGGCAGAUUGGUGCUACCAGUCCCAAGUUACGUGCAAUCACACCUGCACAGGUCCAGAGGAAUGGGGAGCGAUUUCACAGCACUGCAGCGGCAGAGUUCAGUCUCCAGUUAACAUCGUUACCAGGAAACUGAAACGAGAUGAACGCCUCACUCCUUUUGAAUUCACUGGCUAUCAAGAAACUUUUCACGGUCGGCUUAUAAACAAUGGUCACAGUGUUCAACUGGAUUUGCCCCCCAGUAUAAAGAUCAAAGACGCAAAUCUGACUGCAACAUACAAGGCCCUUCAACUUCACCUGCACUGGGGCAAAGAUGGAGGACCGGGGUCGGAACAUACAAUUGAUGGAGAACGACUUCCAGGGGAGAUGCAUAUUGUCCACAUAAAAGAAGAAUACGACUCUUUGGCCGAGGCUUCAAAAGACAGCAUGGGCGUGGCUGUUCUUGGAUUUUUCUUUCAGGAGUCCAAGUCUGCAAAUAAGAAAUAUGAUCCCCUUAUAAAUGCUCUCAAAAACAUCACAGAGCCCAACAACAGCACAGAACUGAGGGGCGUGUCCCUGGAAAUGCUCACUCUUCCUCAGAAGAAUAUGACCAAGUACUUUCGCUAUGAUGGUUCCCUCACUACACCUGACUGUGCUGAAGCUGUCGUCUGGACCCUGUUCGAAGACACUAUUCCUCUCAGCAUGAAGCAGCUGACUGCAUUCUCCCAGCUUCUGUUCUCUGAUCAAAAGCAGAUGGUCAAUACCUACAGACCAGUGCAACCCUUGAAUGGACGGCAGGUGUAUUACUCCGGAGGCCAUGUUGCUCUGGUUAGCACCGGGCUACUCAUCAUGUCAGUGCUGGUGUCCAAUGCACUCUCCCUGCACACCACAGGAUGA